UGCUCGUUGGUGUGUGUGUGUGUGACAGUGUGGAGCAGCUGUUUCAUGGCGGAGCUCGAACUUGUGUCCGGAGGUUUCCUGGUGCGGGAGCAGUCAUGUUGUUCAGUCCGACAGGAGUCAGCGAGUGUCUGAGGGAAUGGGAGGAUUUAGAGAAGGACUACCAGCAAAUCCAGGACACCCAUCGUCUUUAUAAACACAAGCUUGAGGAAGUGACCAAGCUGCAGGUCAGCUGUUCUGGGGCCAUCUCGCGUCAGAAGAAGAAGCUGAAAGAACUCACGGCGUCGUUAGAGGAAUGCAAAAACCAAAGUCCGACACCCGAGUUAAGUCCUGACGAUGUCGAUCCCAUCACUGAAAUCGAAGACUCCAUCAAAGACAGAACAAAUGCUUUCUGUGAGAUGGAAGCUUUCCUGCCGAGGAAGAACGGGCUCUACCUCUCUCUAGUUUUAGGAAACGUCAAUGUAACGCUCCUCAACAAACAGUCAAAAUUCGCCUACAAAGAUGAAUAUGAGAAGUUUAAACUGGUCCUGACCGUCAUCCUCUUCGUGUUCUCCUUCACGUGUCGCUUUUUGUUCAGCUACAGAGCCCUCGAUGCCAUGUUCAACUUCCUGCUGGUGUGGUACUACUGCACGCUCACUAUCCGGGAGAGCAUCCUCAUCAACAACGGCUCCAGGAUUAAAGGUUGGUGGGUUUCCCAUCACUAUGUGUCGGCCUUCCUGUCUGGAGUCAUGCUGACGUGGCCUAAAGGUGCCCUCUACCAGAUGUUCAGAAACCAGUUCCUAGCAUACUCUCUUUACCAAACACUUGUGUGUUUUUUUUGUUUCCUCUGUCCUGUUUGUACAUUAGGUUUUGUCCAGUUUCUUCAGUGCUAUUACCAGAGCGGCUGCUUGUACCGACUCAGAGCUCUGGGGGAAAGACACAACAUGGACCUCACAGUCGAGGGGUUCCAGUCGUGGAUGUGGAGAGGUUUGACCUUCCUCCUCCCCUUCCUGUUCUUUGGUCAUUUCUGGCAGCUUUACAACAGUAUAACACUGUUCAAGAUGUUCCAGCUCCCGGAGUGCAAAGAGUGGCAGGUGGUGAUGUGCGGCUGCGCUUACAUGGUGCUCUUCAUGGGAAACUUCUUCACCACGCUGGGAGUGGUUUACCAGAAAUACAUGAACAACCAGGACAAGUCUAAGACCUUAUAGAACGGGAAUGAUCCAACACUGAGGCUCUAAUAUUCUCUUUAGAGCUUUCUAUCAAUGUACUGUACAUUGUCUGUGUGGAUCAUGUACAGGCACAGCUUCUUUUAUCCAUGUUUUUUGAUUUUCUAGUUCUUCUGAUUAUAUAUUUGAAUCUGGAAUCUUGACCAUAGAUAUUAUUAAUGGCGUAAUACCAAAGAAAAGAAAGCGACUGUCAGGUGUUACUGGGUUAAAGUGUGAGCUUGUUUUUGUAGGUUUUUGGGUGUUUUGGUCCGAGUUGUACAACUCGGACAAGGAAGUGUUACUGAUAAAAUAUAGGAUCCCUGGUAAUAUUGGGUUUUGGGGGCGGAUAUAUCUACCGGUACAUAUUUUUGGAGAUACAGAAUCACAUAUUGUCUUACACUGUUGACUAAAAGUUUACAUAUCAGCAAUUUAAUUGCUCAACCAAUAAAUCAGUUGGGCUCUAAAGCAAAUAACCGUUAUUUGCAUCAUGUUUAUUUUGGGAAAUCUACAUUUUGUGUUUCAGCAGUUGCUUUAGUAAAACACUCCUUCAAAUCGGCCCAUGUUCUUGUUUUCUCUCUUACAGCAGAAAAGUUCAUGCUGCAUCACAGUUCGUCCUCAACUUUUCUGUUACUGUAACAUUCAUGUGUUGUUGUUGAGUGUUUACAGCAUGAACACAAGUUUGUACAAUUAAAGAAUAAAACCUUGAUCGAAACAAA